CAUUUUCCAUUGUGGCAGCAUUCAGGAGAAUCUUUUUCUUUCUUUUUAGGGUUGAAUACUGUUUUGUUUUGUUUUGUUUUGGACAGAGUUUUGCUCUUGUUGCCCAGGCUGGAGUGUAAUGGCAUGAUCUCGGCUCACUGCAACCUCCACCUCCUGGAUUCAAGCAAUUCUCCUGCCUCAGCCUCCCGAGUAGCUGAGAUUACAGACAUCUGCCACCACACCUGCCUAAUUUUGUAUUUUUAGUAGAGACAGGGGUUCUCCAUGUUGGUCCGUCUGGCCUUGAACUCCCGACUUCAGGUGAUCCACCCACCUCGGACUUCCAAAGUGCUGGGAUUACAGGCAUGAGCCACUGCGCCUGGCCUGAAUACUGUUUUUUAACUACGAAAGAGGAUACUCUGAUUUCUCCUAAAUGACGGCUAUUUUUAGGUGACUUCUUUUCACCGGAAGGAAAGGAGGCAUGCAGGUUUAUUUUCGUCAGCAUGCUCAGGGCCACAAAGGUAUGGGCACCUAGGAGCCAGGGUCAUUCUCUCAUGACAGCAGGAGUCACUGGAAGCACAGAGAAGGAAAGAAAAAAAAAAUAAGUAAAGGAGAGGAAGAAAGAGGAAGAGAAAGAGGGAGAAAUGCUGCCAUCUCCGUGAAAAAGAGCCUAUGUUAGGCAGCUGGAGGAUAACAAAUCAUGGGGAGGAGAAGCAAGGUGCUCCUGUAGACGGCUCCAGAAGCAGAAGUGCACACCCAGAAGCACAGCUGCCUAGUUAACAAGCAGCUGAUAAUACGUGUCUGAAGGAGCUCAGCUGAGACUGGAAGAAUUGCUCCACGGAGCCCAGCCUAAAUGACUGACCAUCUCAAUGGGACCACUGACAUUUAGGGAUGUGAAAAUAGAAUUCUCUCUGGAGGAGUGGCAAUGCCUGGACACUGUGCAGCGGAAUUUAUAUAGAGAUGUGAUGUUAGAGAACUACAGAAACCUGGUCUUCCUGGGUAUUGCUGUCUCUAAGCCAGACCUGAUCACCUGGCUGGAGCAAGGAAAAGAGCCCUGGAAUAUGAAGAGUCAUGCAAUGGUAGCCAAACCCCCAGUUAUUUGUUCUCAUUUUGUCCAAGACCUUUGGCCAGAGAAGAGCAUAAAAGAUUCCUUCCAAAAAGGGAUAUUGAGAACAUAUGGAAAAUAUGGACAUGAGAGUUUACAGCUAAGAAAAGACUGUAAAAGCGUGGAUGCAUGUAAGGUGUACAAAGGAGGUUAUAACCAAUGUAUGAUGACAACUGAGAGCAAAAUAUUUCAGUGUGAUAAAUUUGUGAAAGUCUUACAUAAAUUUUCCAAUUUAAAUAGAAGUAAGAUAAGACAUACUAGAAAGAAACAUUUCAAAUGUAAAAACCAUGGCAAAUCAUUUUGCAUGCUUUCACCACGAACUCAACAUAAGAAAAUUCAUACUAGAGAGUAUUCUUACAAAUGUGAAGAAUGUGGUAAGGCCUUUAACUGGUCCUCAACACUUACUAAACAUAAGAUAAUUCAUACUGGAGAAAAACCCUACAAAUGUGAAGAAUGUGGCAAAGCUUUUAACCGGUCCUCAAAUCUUACUAAACAUAAAAUAAUUCAUACUGGAGAGAAACCCUACAAAUGUGAAGAAUGUGGCAAAGCUUUUAACCGGUCUUCAACUCUUACUAAACAUAAAAGAAUUCAUACAGAAGAAAAACCCUACAAAUGUGAAGAAUGUGGCAAGGCCUUUAACCAGUUCUCGAUUCUUACUAAACAUAAGAGAAUUCAUAUGGAAGAUAAACCCUACAAAUGUGAAGAAUGUGGCAAAGCCUUUAGAGUAUUCUCAAUUCUUAAAAAACAUAAGAUAAUUCAUACUGGAGAAAAACCCUACAAAUGUGAAGAAUGUGGCAAAGCCUUUAACCAGUUCUCAAACCUUACUAAACAUAAGAUAAUUCAUACUGGAGAGAAGCCCUACAAAUGUGAUGAAUGUGGCAAAGCCUUUAACCAGUCCUCAACCCUUACUAAACAUAAAAGAAUUCAUACUGGAGAAAAACCCUAUAAAUGUGAAGAAUGUGGCAAAGCUUUUAAACAAUCCUCAACCCUAACUGAACAUAAGAUAAUUCAUACUGGAAAGAAACCCUACAAAUGUGAAGAAUGUGGCAGGGCCUUUAGCUGGUCCUCAGCUUUUACGAAACAUAAGAGAAAUCAUAUGGAAGAUAAACCAUACAAAUGUGAAGAAUGUGGCAAAGCCUUUAGUGUAUUCUCAACUCUUACUAAACAUAAAAUAAUCCAUACUAGAGAUAAACCCCACAAAUGUAAAGAAUGUGGCAAAGCCUUUAACCAGUCCUCAGUUUUUACUAAACAUAAAAUAAUUCAUACUGAAGGGAAAUCCUACAAAUGUGAAGGAUGUAAUUCUUUUAACCAGUCCUCAAACCUUAGUACACAUAAAAUAAUUUACACAGGAGAGAAACCCUACAAAUAUGAACAAUGUGACAAAGCCUUUAACAACUUCUCAACUCUUAUUACACAUCAGAUAAUUUAUACUGGAGAGAAACCCUACAAACAUGAAGAAUGUGGUGGACCCUUUAACAAAUCCUCAAAUUAUACUCAAGAGAAACUACAAACCUGAAAGAUGUGACAGUGAUUUUGACUACACCUCAAACUUUUCUAAAUGUAAACCGUACUGAUGAGAAACCCUAGAAAUGUGGGAAUGUGACAAAACCUUUAAAUGGUUGUUACACUUGAUUGUAGGUAAGAUAAUUUAUAUUGGAGAAAAAUCCUACAAGUGUGAAGAAUGUGGCAAACUUUUAACCAAUGCUCACACCUUAUUGCACAGGAAAGCACUUAUACUUGAGAAAAACUAUAUAAAUGUGGAAAAGCCAUUUAUAUCUGCUCACAUCUUAUUCAGCAUCAUCAGAGAGUUCAUACUCAAUAAAAUGUAAUUACUUUCAAAAGAUUCAGAAAAUAUAGGUCUUCAACAUGAAGAAGAGUAUUUUUUUUCUUUUUUGAGAUGGAGUUUCGCUCUUGUUACCCAGGCUGGAAUGCAAUGGCGCGAUCUCAGCUCACCGCACCCUCCGCCUCCUGGGUUGAGGCAUUUCUCCUGCCACAGCCUCCUGAGUAGCUGGGAUUACAGGUACACACCACCAUGCCCAGCUAAUUUUUUGCAUUUUUAGUAGAGACGGGGUAUCACCAUGUUGACCAGGGUGGUCUCGAUCUCUUGACCUCGUGGUCCACCCGCCUCGGCCUCCCAAAGUGCUGGGAUUACAGGCCUGAGCCACUGCGUCCGGCGAAGAAGAGUAUUCUUAAGAAAAACAUUACGACUGUAGAAGGUUGUAGUAGUUUCACUUUUAUGAUAGAUCUUAUUGUACACAUUUUGUACUAGAAGAAAACCCUAAAGCAGUUGCUCAAACUUUGUUCAGCAUCAGGGAAUUUUUAUUGGAGAAAAACCCUGCAAAUGUAAUAAAUAUGAAAAAACGUUUUUGUUUUUGUUUUCCCCCAAAAACAGCUUGGAAAACAGAGUUCAUACUAAAAUAUAUUUUUGCAGAUGCAGUAAAUAUGAUAAAUGUUUAAUCUAAAAUUAAGUCUAUGUAAAUAGCAGAGAAUUCAUCAUAGAAAUCAUAAGGCAAACGGCAUUGACACUUCAGAUAUUACACUAGAGUGUUGAGUAGGAAAUAAUCCACAAGUAAAAUUGUUAGGUAAGUUAUUUAUGUGUAACUUUAAAAGACAAAGAUUGUUUGGAGAUUUAUAAUUACUUUCAAAGUAUCCUUUUUCUUGAAGAAAAUUACAGAUUUUUUGAAAUGCAAUUAUGUAAUUUAACUCAAAUUUAUGUUUUUCUUCAUUCCUGUUGUAUUCUCAUGUGAAAGCAGUGAUCAGUUGUUGCUGCAUCAGAGAUAAGAGAUUCUGUUUUCUAAGUGGGCAUUAUUUAUGACCCUUUCUAUGGAAGAGUGAGAAAAUGAUAAGACACAUGAGGAGAAUCUAAGUAGAGAUGCUCUUUGUGGUUAACGUAGAAUCUUAAGUGCUGCUUGAGGUAGAUGUUCAGCCUAAUAUUCUUUUGCAUUAUAGUGAGAAAAAUUUUAAAUUUUAAAUCAAAAUUAGUAAUGUGUCAUUUUGUUGAUUGUGCUUUUAUGUAACAAAAUGCAGUACUUUAAAAAUUUAGAUUAUGUGUGAACUUAAUUUUUUAAUUAACAUUAUUUUUAACAUGUUAAGACUCGUGUCUUAAUUCAAUUAAAUGUUGUUAUGCCACUAACUUGAACCUAUUCCACCUUACUCAAGGGUGUGGGGUGAAAAAUGGUAACAACAUAUUAUAUGGUAACAUAGUGGACUUACAGCUCUAAUAAUCUUUUCCAGUGGCUUAAACUGCAAAUACAUUAAAGAAUAUUGUUCCCAUAGGUUAAAUUAUCUUUUUAAAAUUUAAAUUUAUUUUUUAAGUGUUUGUCAGUACAUUGUAUAUAUAUUUAUGCCAUAAUUUGAUGCAAGCAUACAAUGUGUAAUAAUCAUAUCAGGGUAAAUGAGGUACCACCUCUAGCAUUUAUUCUUGAUAUUACAGACAAUCCAGUUCUGUGUACACUUUUAGUUGUUUUGAAAUGUACAAUUGUUACUACAGGGUCAUUUUUACGAUCACAAUAAAAUUGUAUAGAAGUACAAAUAAAAUCUAUAUUUCUGAGUCCUAAAUUUUAUUUUUAAAAUUUUGUCAUAAAUUUUUCUUUGAACAUAUGAUCUCUCUUCCGGCAAACACAUACUUUUGGUUUUGAUGUACAUAAAGAUAUACAUAUGUUGCUCUACAAAUAAAAGGUGUGAGGAAAUUA